UGCAAAGAUAGGAUACUCCACAUGCAAAAGCACUGAAUGAGAGCAGCUGGGUUUAAACUGAGAUUAGAAUAAGUCCUUCUUUUAACUGUAAAUCUAUUAACUAUUAUUAAUUUUGCGUCCUUCUUUUCGUCAUCAUGCAGAUGCUACCUGCCCUGAUCCUCCUGUUGUUGCUUCUCAAAGUGUCUGUGUGUAUUCAGGUGAUUGUUCCUCAGCAGGAGCGCAGUGCAGCUCUCUUUGACUCAGUGAUCCUCCACUGUGACUACUACACCUCUGCACACUACGAUGACGUUCUGGUCACCUGGAGGUACAAGUCCUUCUGCAAGGAGCAAGAGAAUGACUCCACGUCAUACCAGUCGGCGCUACAGUUUGGACGGGACCCAUUAAAUAACUGUCCAGAUCAUCAGCGGACAGUGCGCACAGUGAUCCAGAGGAGAGGAAAGAGAGAGCCAGCACUGGGAUCGCAAUACCGUGCUCGAAACAUCACCUUACAAAAGAAGGCAGACCUGGUGAUCAAUGAGGUGACGUGGUCGGACAGUGGCGUGUACUUCUGCAGUGUUGAUGCUGCUGGAGACACUUUUGGAGACAGUGACAAGGAAGUCAAACUCUUCGUCAGGAGCUGGACCGCUGGGAAGCGGGAGCCUGACCUAUAGACUUACUGAGCGAGUGAGGGAUGAAGUUACACCGCUGGUCGGUUGAGUGCUGGAUGGUUUCACCAUUGGCCACUGCUCUUUCAAAAUGAAUAGCAAAGCAUUAAAGUAGUUAUGCACCGUAACUCCAGAUUCUAUGAGUAUUGAGCCACAAUGGACCAGACAAUCAGCUCUCAAAAAUAGCUUUUUCUUUAGCUAGUUAAAGGAACCAGUGGGGCCCACAGUUAUCAUCAUUAUCAUCAUCAGCUUUAUAGUUCUAAAGUUGCUUUUCAUAAGCAUUAACCACCCUUUUGUAACUUGUUAGGCUACUUUAAUCUAUUUUACACAGUUAAGCAGUCGAACAACAACUUGGCUGUAAAAUAUUUUUGUACUACAUUAUGAUGUUUUUUAUGUGAACUCUUUUUAAGUGAACUUUUUUGUGUGAUGUGAGUUAUCAUUUAAAAAUGAUUGUCUAAGCACUCAGUGUAACUGUGCACAUAUAGUGUGUCUGAUUGGAUUGAAGUAUUUGGCCCACCAUUGAAGCUAAUUGUUUUCAGUGAUUAGAUGUUUAUGUUUGUAAAGUGGUGCCAUCUUGUCUGAAUGAGCAUGGAGUGAAAAAGGGUAAUGUUUGUGCUUUAAAGCCUCACUUUGGUAUAUUGUUCAGGAGAGAGUUUAAACAUAGAAAAAUAUAUUUUAAGUAUUACUUUGAUUGUGUUUUAAUUACAAAGGUGGAAAAAUGCACAUUAAACAUCGACCAUUUGCAUUUUAAUAUAAUGCUUGAAUUCAAUUAGAUGUUAGGUCAGUGACACAAUUUAAUGAAUGUAGAAAACCAGUACGUGUAUGUCUGUUUUAAAAUACAGCAAAUAGGGAACAGAAUUGCAGAACAGACAGGUAUUAUGUUUAUAUUUAUGUUCAGUUGUCUUAAACUGAUAAAUCUGAGAUAAUGGCCAUUUAAUGGUAGUAUGAUGUCGUCCUGGCACUUUGUGCAUGAAUGUUGUCUUUACAUCAAAGACCACAAUGGAAAUACGUUUUGAACUUUAUAGUGUUAUCCUUGACAUGUUGUAUAUGUGACCCUGUUACACUGUGUUUUAGAUUAGUCGAAUUCAGUGAACACCAAUAGAACUGCAAUAACAAAUAUAUGGCAAUAAUCACAAUGCAAUGGUUUACAAUGCAUAAUUAAAUGUAUGAAUGUGAAAUGGUACUUGUAUGUCUCCAUAUAUUUUGCCAACUGUGUUUUUAAAUUCAAAUGUAUCAUUGAGGACUUUAUAUAUAUAAAAUGUAACUACAACUGACUGUGAAUAUACUGACAUCUAGUGAAGAGUUGCCAAACCACAGCAAUGAAUGGCAUUACUCUAAGGAACAAUAUGUGGGUGUAAGUGUUAUUCUCAAAGCUGUUAUUUUGAAAUAAAGUAAAAUAACUCAU